UGCAAACUCCAUCCAUACAGACACUGGUGAAAUACCACGUUAGAAACGGUUAGGAAGGCGAAGUACAGUAUCACAGAUAGCAUAGUCAUAUACUGUAUGAAUGAAAAGAUAGGAUGAAGAAAGUAGUGUUGGUAACCGGUGCAAACAGUGGUAUUGGCCUUGCUCUGUGUGAGCGUCUAUUAAGCCAGGACGCCCAGCUGCAGCUCUGUCUGGCCUGCAGGAACAUGCAGAGAGCUGAGGCUGCCCGACAGGCUCUUCUAGUGUCUCACCCUCAAGCUCAGGUUACUCUGCUGCACUUGGAUGUGGGCAACAUGCGCUCUGUGCUCAGUGCUGCUGAGGAGUUCAAGCAGAAGUACAACAGAUUGGACUAUUUGUAUCUCAAUGCUGGUAUCAUGCCUAAUCCCAGGGUAGAUCACAAAGCCUUUUAUAAAGGCCUGUUUUCUAGUAAUGUGGUUCGCAUGUUUGCCACGGGGGAGGGUCUUCUGACCCAGGAAGAUAAGGUCACACCCAAUGGUUUGCAGGAGGUGUUUGCCACUAAUCUUUUUGGUCAUUUCCUUCUGGUGAGAGAACUGGAGCCCUUAUUGUGUCAGAUGGACCACAAUUCUCUAGUGAUCUGGACAUCCUCCAGUAAUGCCCAGCGAUCAGCUUUUAGUCUAGAUGACAUACAGCAUCAGAAAGGCCGUGAGCCCUACAGCUCCUCGAAAUAUGCAUCUGAUCUACUUAGCUUAGCCCUAAACCGUCACUACAACAACCGUGGUUUGUACGCAUCAGUGAUCUGUCCUGGUCUGGUCAUGACUAACCUCACCUAUGGCAUUCUACCAUCAUUCUUCUGGACUCUCAUCAUGCCAAUAAUGUGGCUUAUAAGGAUUUUCACCAACACUUUUACCCUCUCACCUUACAAUGGAGCAGAGGCUUUGUUUUGGCUGUUCAUGCAGAAACCUGAGUCACUGGACUCAAUGGCCAAAUACCACAGUUUGACCUCUGGGCUUGGAAACAAUUACACCCAACCACACAAGAUGGAUAUUGAUGAAAACGUGUCAGAGGCCCUCUAUGUGAAGCUAUUAGAACUUGAGGAUACAGUGCGGAAGAAACUGAGAGACGAGGAUGUAGAUAUAAAAGCAAAAAACUAAAUAUGGACACAAAACCUCAUGCAUUCUAUCGCUUUAUAACACAUUUCCAUCUUGAAAUAUUCUCUAAGGAAUGGAUAAAAACCUCAUGAAUAUUUAUUUUUCUUAAUGAUCUUUAGAAACACAAUAUGAAAUGAUUAUGAUAAUCUAGCUUGGCUAUAAACCACAUCACGUUCUUCACUUAUGUAUUUACAAAAAAGUAAUUUUAUGCAGUUGGCAGACACUUUCAUCCAAACUGACUUGCAUUGCAUUUAAGGUGCACAUCAGUUAUUGCUUUCCCUGGCAAUCGAAUGUACGACUGGCUUUGCUAUCACCAUGCUCUACUGUUUGAGCUACUUAUAAGUAUUGUGCAAUUUAUAUUGGUUUUGUGCAGUGCAUUCCAAGUUGAAUGGU